UCCAUUAUCUUUAACUUAUUUAAAAUUACUUCAAAAUACAUAUUAUUAAUGAUUUGUGGCCAUUUACACUCGUGCGUAGCUGUUUCUUAGGAUAGUGAUGUAUAUAGAUGUAUCGUUUGACAUCGAAUGCCGGAAUUGUAUAUAUAAACUAAUUAAGUUUAACCACAUUGAUCAGCUGUUCAGCUGGGUGGUAGAGAACACAGAACAGACACUUGGAAGAAGUUGUUUUGAAUCUUCAACACAAUGAAUAUAUAAUAUUAAGGGAUAAUUUUAAUCAUCUUAUUGAUUAGUUAGUUGGCAAAUGCGCUAAGAAGAAACAUUGCGAAACAAUCCUAAUGAAGACCAUGUUAUAUCUCAGAGUCUUAAUUAAUUAUAAGAUUCCUUGUCUCUUCUCUUACUUUGGUAUAAAUAGAGGCAAAGAAGAUGAAUAACUCAUCAAAUCAAAACUUCCAUCAUAACAAUUCUUAGCCUUAAAACAAACUUAAAAGAACAUUAAAAUGGCUUCUUACCACACUAGAUCUUUCAGUUUCCCCUCAAACUCUCACCCGGUUGCUGAUCAGUUGGAUGAACAAUUGAGCAGAUUGAGGUCAUCUCAAGCUGCCUCUACUUCAUCCCUAACCAACAAACUUAACGGCCUGAAUGAUUUAUACAAGUGUGUUGAAGAAUUUCUUCAACUGCCCCAUAAUCAGAAAACCGUAUCUCAAUCUCAAGGAGAAAGUUCAGUUGAGCAAGUGUUAGAUGGAUCUUUAAGGCUCCUUGACAUUUGUGCCACAUCUCGGGAUGUCUUGGCACUGUCAAAGGAACGGCUCCAAGAUAUACAAUCAGUUCUUCGAAGAAGGUGUAAUGGUGAACUUGACAUUACUAAUGAAGUUGCUGAAUACCUAAAAACACGAAAAUCGUCCAAGAAGAUAAUCAAGAAGUGCUUGAAAGAUAUCAUUGCAGUUGACAAAACUAAUGAGUCUAUUGUCAUAUCAAGCACGCUUAAAGAUGUGCAAGCAUUGACAGUUGAUGUCUUCAAGUCCUUGUUGUCUUACAUCGGUGGAUCACAGAAAAGUAGCUGGUCUUUCUCAAAACUUGUUCACCAAGGAUCUGAGAAGGAAGCAGCAGCAUCCAUCAGCGAAUUUGAUGCUGUUGAUGCUAGUCUCAGCCAGAAAAAGAACGUAAAUAUUGACAUGUCACAAUUGGUCAAAUUGGAAUCCGAAGUCCAAGAAAUUGAUGAAGUGUUGGAAAGCUUGUUUAGGCAUCUGAUUAAGACCAGAUCAACUCUUCUCAAUGUCCUUAGUAACUAGCUAGAUCAGAAAUUCAUUCCUGUACAAAAUUUUUGAUACGUGAAUAUACAAAUGAAUAUACUACAGUUAUCUCUAAUAUUAUUUGUGUUCAUGAAGUUGAAUUUUUUCAAUUAUACCAACGUUAUUUGACUUUUGCAACCUGAAUAAACAAAGGGUAAAAAAUCUGACAGUAUAAAAUUCAUAAAUUCUGAGGUAAAUAAGCAAUUAGAUAGUAUACCCAGCAAAUUUAUUUCUGUUUUCCCUUGCAAGCAAUUAUCUGUUUCCAGUAUGAAAUAGUAGGUAAAAGAAGUUUCCCCCUUAUGGAAUUAUAAAUAUAAUUAUUCUCCUUAUUAAAGAUUUUGAUGAAAUGAAAGUUGAUUAUCAGAAUGAAUCCAUGUGAAGAUAUUCGUUGAAUCCUCUGAUGAAUUCAUAGCUAAUUUAGCUGUUAAUAUUCUAUUUGUCUGCAGGAGCUCUUGAAAAUUUGAUAGGGUGGGCGUGCAAGAUAUUACAUGGUCU